UUUAAUUUGCUAUGACCACCGUUUCGAAUCAAACAACUCAGAGUGGAGCUGGCAGUUUAGAGACUUUGUCUGACAGUGCUUCGAACAACAUCUAUACGUAAUAAACGAAUAUUCGCGAAUCGGUCGAAAUGUUCGACGGAAAUUGGUGUGCUCUUCUUCUUCUUCUUGUCUACUACUGGAGCCCCUCUUGGGGCCUUGAAAAUGGUCUGGCCCGAACGCCGCCUAUGGGUUGGAUGCCCUGGGAGCGAUUUCGUUGCAUCACCGACUGCGUCAAGUUCCCCAGAGACUGCGUCAGUGAAGUGCUCUUCAAGCGUACUGCGGAUCUCUUGGUUUCGGAGGGCUACGCCGAUGUGGGCUACAAAUUCUUAAUAAUUGACGAUUGCUGGAUGGAGAAAUACCGAGAUUCAAUAACGCGGAAGUUAUUGCCAAGUCGAGAUCGCUUCCCCAGUGGUUUGAAACACUUAUCUGACUACAUACACGAGCGGGGACUUAAGUUCGGAUUGUACCACGAUGUGGGAAAAUUCACCUGCAUGUUUCAGGGUCCCGGAGCUGAGGGUUACUUUAAGGUCGAUACUCAAACCUUUGCUGAAUGGGGUGUGGACUAUGUUAAGCUAGACGGGUGUUUCACAGAGAAUGAGAAAAUGGACGAUGGCUAUCGAGAAUUUGGUAGAGCUUUAAAUGAAACCGGACGACCCAUGGUCUACUCCUGCAGCUGGCCAUUUUACAAAUCGCAACCCAAUUAUGACGAUAUCGCUCAGCACUGCAAUCUCUGGCGCUUUGGUCCUGAUGUUACUGACUCCCCUUGGUCGGUCUUGGAUAUUAUGAAUCAUUACCGCAGGCACCAGAACACAUUUGAGCGCUAUGGCGGACCCGGACACUGGAAUGAUCCGGACAUGUUGGUGCUCGGUAAUUACCGACUGAGCUACGAUGCAAGCCGUUUACAGCUUGCCAUCUGGACAAUUAUGGCUGCCCCUUUGAUAAUGACAAAUGACCUGGAGACGGUGCGUCCAGAAAUCAAGGAAUUGCUACAAAAUCGUCAUAUUAUAGCCAUCAGUCAGGAUCCCUCUGGAACACCUGGAAAAUGUGUGUUGGUCGACGAAAACGUACAGGUUUGGGUACGUCCCGUCACACCGCUCAACGCCCUUGGCCAAUAUUCCUAUGCUGUUGCCUUUGUUAAUACCGGAGACUUUCCGUCUUGCCCCCUGUGUCCACAAACAUUUCAAAUUAAGCUGGACGACCUUAAACUGGAAAAUCCCACGGGCUAUCUGGUACUGAAUCUCUUCAAUGCCAGUGAAACCUUGGGCAGAUUUAAAGGGAAGGAUGUAUUUACCACGCGCAUCAAUCCGGUGGGUGUCACAUUCUACAAGUUUACUGCAGCGGCCUUCUACUGACAAAUAAGUUGAUUCUUCUGCAAUAAAAUCAAUUGUACGCUUACAUAACAAUGACCAACAGCCUGAGGAGCUACAAAUAUGCCUUAAGGCGCCACACAAAGCAAUAAAGACAUGCAUACACAUUCUGGACAAUAAUA